CUUGCUAUCGAUUGCGAGAUGGUAGGCCUAGGUCACAACGGCAUGGAAUCCUGUCUGGCCCGAGUCUCGAUCGUCAACUAUCACGGCUAUAUCGUCUUAGACACCUUUGUCCGUCCGAAAGAGAGGGUGACCGACUGGAGGACUUGGGUCUCGGGUGUGAGGCCAAAGGACAUGAACAAUGCCAGACAUUUCGAGGAUGUUCAGGCGGAAGUUGCCAAGUUGAUCGAUGGAAAGAUCGUUAUCGGGCAUGCUGUUGAGAACGACACCAAGGCGCUGUUAUUAUCUCAUCCAUCUCCGUUGUUGAGAGACACUCAGAGAAACGCAGCGCUCCGGCAGAUAGCCAAGACCAAAAUGCCAGGUCUGAAGAAGCUGACCGAGUUGGAACUCGGCUUGAAGAUCCAGAGCGGAGCGCAUAGUUCAGUCACGGACGCUCGAGCAACGAUGGCGCUUUACCGUCUACACAAGACGGAAUGGGAACAGGCG